AUGACGUGCUGUGAGGGGUGGACAUCCUGCAAUGGCUUUAGCCUGCUGAUUCUGAUCAUUCUAGGAGUGGUUAUCAACUGUAUACCUCUGGGUAUCAGCUUAGUGGAGGGAGACUCAGCAUCUCAAAACCCCAUCUCUUGCUAUGAGUGGUGGUUCCCGGGAAUCAUAGGAGCAGGCGCGAUG